CAAAAUAAAUUGCCAUGCAAGAGAUAUACAUUUCCACCUGGGAAUUAUUGUAUGCACAUCACAUCUGAUUUUGAUUUCGGCAAAAUUCUUUUUCAACAGACACAGACAGCAGAGACGGGCAUCAUUUGUACAACCCGUCGGACUAGAGAAGACUGCGGAAGGAGGAAUAAAGCGUAUUUAUACAUUUAAAUGGCAUUUAAUCGACUUUAUGGAAUAUCUCAAAUACACAAACAUAGAAACGUUGAAAGUAUACAUUUUAAAUAAGAAAUUAUAGACGGAUCGUUAUAAUGCUAUCGUGUCGAUUAAUCUAUAUGAUAAUGCUUUCGUACUGAUGAAUCUAUAUUAUUCAACGCAGCAUGCAGCUCUGUUGUGCGAAUGAUACUUUCUUGCUGCCUGUCGUUCACUGUAAAAACCUCUCUCUCUCUCGCUCUCAAUAUGUGGUGUGGAGUGGGCUUGCUGCCGAAGCGUCACUGAGCCCCGCAGCUCGGUAGUUUUAGUUGCUGCGUGUGUUUCUCACUAUCACACACGAAGGUACACCCUGCGUCCAUCCAGUUCUACUGCGGCAUCCAUCCUGAGCCGACAGCAUCGGGGUUGUGGGAAGUACAUUACCGGGACGCCAAUUUAGCUACUUCCGCUUUUGUUUGUUUUUCAUUGUUUGUUUCAUUUAAUUUGUUUGCCUUUGCAGUUUGAAUUAUUUCGCUUAACUUCGAGAUGUGAAGCGGCGUGGUUCGCCCAACAAUUUAAAUCCUAACAGAUUCCAAAUUGAACUUGACCUAAAGAAGGAAAUCAAACAUCAAUAGAGAUGAACCCUCAGUGCGCACGCUGUGGAAAAAUUGUCUACCCGACAGAAAAAGUGAACUGCCUGGAUAAGAACUGGCACAAAGGAUGCUUCCACUGUGAAGUGUGCAAAAUGACCCUCAACAUGAAGAACUACAAAGGCUAUGAGAAGAAGCCCUACUGCAAUGCGCACUAUCCGAAGCAAUCGUUCACCAUCGUCGCAGACACCCCGGAGAACCUGCGUCUGAAACAUCAGAGCGAGCUGCAGAGUCAGGUGAAGUACAAGAAGGACUUUGAGGAGAGCAAAGGUCGGGGAUUCAGCGUAGUGUCGGACACUCCAGAGCUGCAGAGACUGAGGAAAACCCAGGAACAGAUCAGUAACGCAAAAUACCACGAGGAUUUUGAGAGGACGAAGGGGCGAGGGUUUGUUCCUGGGACAGAUGAACCCAGUUUCGAGCAGGUGCGGAGGAACCAUCAGAUGAUGAGCGACCCGUACAAGGGCAUGCACUCGCACAUGGUGGAGGUGGACCGGAGGCCUGGUGUUAUUGUGGCCCCUGUGCUGCCUGGAGCGUACCAUCCCAGUGCGCACCCCCAGGGGUACGGCUACAUGCACCAGACCAGCAUGUCCUCUAUGAGAUCUGUGCAAUCCCCCCCACACCCUACCCCCAUGAGAGUGUACAGAGCCAUUUACGACUAUGCAGCACAGGAUCACGACGAGGUGUCCUUCCGGGAUGGUGACGUCAUCUUUAACGUGCAGCCCAUCGAUGAGGGCUGGAUGUACGGCACGGUGCAGAGGACAGGCAAAUCCGGCAUGCUCCCCGCCAACUACAUAGAGGGUUUCAACUAGGGUCGGACCCCCAGAACUGUCCCACAGGGUAACAUGGCCCUGGUGGGAAGGUGUAGCAGGAACUUUUAUUCUGGAAAAAAAGCACACGUAUCUAUCUUCAUUGCAGUGCCCAUUCAUCUAACAUUAGAGGCACACACUACACUCCUCCAUGACCAGAGAGGGGCAUAGUACCCAUCUAUUUCCUUUUUUACAUGCAUACUGUUGCUUCAUUCACAGAUACACUAGCUUUUGAUUUUUUUUUUCAUAAAUGUGACGGAAGACUACUCACUACUGUCCCUUCUGCCUCAUUAAUCAUGCUGCACAGUAGCCAUCUUUGUUAUCUUUUAAUGCACACCGCAUUGUGUAAUUUCCCAGCAUUAGCUGGACAGACACAUUUGUGUUAGCCCGUACCACACAAAGUGUAAUUCAUGUCAUUUCCUGCUGUGAGUUAUCAUUAUUUUUUCAUGCCGAGAUUUGGCCACUCGCUGACUGUGGACAGAAAUAGCGGAAUGAGUCAUACGUCUUCUACCACUCCAGUUGAGUACAUAAGGAGUCUUAAGUGGAAACUGUUCCAUCUCCAGUACUGAAAAUCCUUGACAGAUAAGGAUCAAAUACUCUUUCUGUUCAGUAUACAAUGGACUCUCAUGUUUUGUCAUGUGAUUUGUGACAUAGAGGAAAAGACCCGAUCUCUUUCCGAAAUUUUGACAAAAACUACUUGGCUUGCAGAUAUUUUAUUUUACGUUUAGUGAAUACCAUUUAGUGCAAUUGGGACUGAACGAGUAUGUAACUGCCUAAAAAAUUUCCAGAGUAACAAAUAAGCUACAAAUGUUGUUGUGCUUUGAGUUCACAUACGUGUGUGGUGGGCAGUAAAGUUUCAAAAUACACACUACAAUGCAAUUCAGUCAAAUUAUAGUCAAUUAUAGGACACUUAAUGUUGGCAAAGAAUUGUAAGAUACUUACUCCUUACUUACUUUAUUUAGCAAGUAUGCUAUAUACCCUAAAACAAACUGUAUAACAGGUUUGUACCAUUUUCAGUAAAUAUGAAGGAAUUAAUAUAUAAAUGUACCAGAGACAGAAUCUUAGCUGUAAGAAUUUACAGGUCAUUCCUGUCCAUUCACCUUUUCUGUUCAAGGACAGCCGCAAUUAUCCCUUCCAAUGUUGGUGUGUAAUUACUGGCCACAAGUUGAAGUCAACAGUUGGGAAUCAAGAGAUGUUGCAUACUGUCUGGUAAUGGGUUUUUUUUGUAUAUUGCAGUAUCUCAUGUGAAAAAAUAAACAGCUGUGUCAAUCAUC